AGAUAGAUAAACACACUCUGCUCUAUGAGUAGAGAGAGAGAGAGAUCAAGAUACCCCUAGAGAGAGAAAAAGCAUAGCGAUACAGAAGCCUAAAAGGUUUCUUGCACACAGAGCGAGCUAGAGAGAGACAGAGAACAAGGGUUCUGUUUAGAGAAAUAAAUUCAAAGACAAAUAAAGUUUCCACUUUUUUUGAAUCUUUACCGGGUGUUGGGUGUGCAGAUCUGCUUUAGAUUCUGGUUUGGGCCAAGAAAGGUGGAGAUUUGGGUGAGUUGAGAGCUAGGGUUUGUGGGUUUUUGAAAUGCGGGUUCUGGGUGUUGGGUAUUUGGAUCUACAUUUGGAUAUGGAUAUGUGUGUGUAGGUGGAUAAGGUACGGCGAUGGAGAGAGAGGUGGUGUUGAAAUCAUGUCUGUUGUGGUUGCUACUGUUGGGUCAUCCACUGAGGUUCAUUUAUGCCAAUACUGAAGGUGAUGCUUUGCAUAGCUUGAGGGCCAACUUGGAUGAUCCUAAUAAUGUGCUGCAGAGUUGGGAUCCUACCCUUGUCAAUCCCUGCACUUGGUUUCAUGUUACUUGCAACAAUGAUAAUAGUGUUAUUAGAGUUGAUCUUGGCAAUGCAGCUUUAUCUGGUCAGUUAGUCCCACAGCUUGGCAUGCUGAAAAAUCUACAGUACUUGGAACUUUACAGUAAUAAUAUCAGUGGACCAAUUCCCAGUGACCUUGGAAACCUGACGAACUUGGUGAGCUUGGAUCUCUACUUGAACAGUUUUUCUGGUCCCAUUCCAGACACUUUGGGCAAGCUGUCGAAACUGCGCUUCCUCCGGCUCAACAACAACAGCUUGUCGGGUCCCAUUCCUUUUUCGUUGACUAAUAUCUCAUCACUGCAAGUCCUGGAUCUAUCAAACAACCGUCUCGAAGGAGGAGUUCCAGAUAAUGGUUCCUUUUCGCUAUUUACACCCAUCAGUUUUGCUAAUAACCUGGAUCUAUGUGGACCGGUUACUGGACACCCUUGCCCAGGAUCUCCUCCAUUUUCUCCGCCACCUCCAUUUGUCCAACCACCUCCAAUUUCAUCACCAGGAGGGAAUAGUGCCACUGGAGCAAUUGCUGGAGGUGUUGCUGCAGGUGCUGCUCUUCUGUUUGCUGUGCCUGCACUUGCAUUUGCAUGGUGGCAUCGCAGGAAACCACAAGAGUAUUUCUUUGAUGUUCCUGCUGAAGAGGAUCCAGAGGUUCAUCUGGGGCAGCUCAAAAGGUUUUCCCUUAGAGAAUUACAAGUUGCAACAGAUGGCUUUAGCAAUAAGAAUAUCUUGGGUAGAGGAGGAUUCGGUAAGGUGUACAAGGGACGGUUAGCGGAUGGUACGCUGGUGGCUGUAAAACGUCUAAAGGAGGAGCGUACACCUGGUGGGGAGGUGCAGUUUCAAACAGAGGUGGAGAUGAUUAGCAUGGCUGUGCACCGGAAUCUCCUUAGACUACGGGGAUUUUGUAUGACACCGACUGAACGGCUUCUUGUCUAUCCCUAUAUGGCAAACGGAAGUGUUGCAUCAUGUUUAAGAGAACGCCCCCCAAACGAACCACCUCUUGACUGGCCGACAAGGAGACGAAUUGCAUUGGGUUCUGCGAGAGGACUAUCUUAUUUGCAUGAUCACUGUGAUCCAAAGAUUAUUCACCGUGAUGUAAAAGCUGCUAAUAUUUUGUUGGAUGAGGAGUUUGAGGCCGUUGUUGGAGACUUUGGGUUGGCUAAACUUAUGGAUUAUAAGGAUACCCAUGUUACUACUGCUGUACGUGGCACAAUUGGGCACAUAGCUCCGGAGUACCUCUCCACCGGUAAAUCAUCCGAGAAAACUGAUGUUUUCGGGUAUGGAAUCAUGCUUCUGGAGCUAAUAACAGGACAAAGGGCUUUUGAUCUUGCUCGCUUGGCAAAUGAUGAUGAUGUCAUGUUGCUCGAUUGGGUAAAAGGUCUUUUGAAGGAGAAGAAACUCGAAAUGCUUGUCGAUCCUGAUCUGCAAAACAAUUACGUGGAGUCGCAAGUGGAGCAGCUCAUCCAAGUUGCUCUGCUCUGCACGCAAGGUUCCCCGAUGGACCGGCCAAAGAUGUCGGAGGUGGUGAGAAUGCUAGAGGGAGAUGGCUUGGCAGAGAAGUGGGAUGAGUGGCAGAAGGGUGAAGUCCUUCGCCAAGAAGUUGAACUAGCACCUCACCCUAACUCCGAUUGGAUCGUUGACUCCACAGAAAACCUACACGCUGUUGAGUUAUCUGGCCCAAGGUGACACUCUCAAAGAAAUUACUGAAAACUUCUUUUUCUUUCUUUUUGGAUAUAAAGCUUUCUUCCUUUUCGUUGUUUUUUCUUUCUUUUUCCUUGUUUUAACAGUCAUCCUGUAAGCCUACCGUAAGCUCUUCCUGAAUUAUAUUCAUUACAUUGUGAAUAGAAAUUUGUAUUGACGGGCAUUUUUGUAACCCAGUUACCCAAACCGAUACAUUGUGGUGAUACUCAAAUUAGUGCCUUUUUUGGCCUUCGCGUUGUUAUUUAUGUUGUGUUUUCGUUUGUA